AUGCCUCUCUUCCAGCUCUACGUCACUCCUGCACUGCUGCUGCUCGUGCUCACCUGUCCUCAGGUCAGCCAGUCUGUGCCUCUGAUGGUUAAAGGAAUGGUGACAGACUCCUUGGUUUUCUCCGCUCAGAUUCUUCUACACAACAUCACUGAUGCACUCACUAAGGAUGAGCUGUUCAGUGGAAUCAACUGCAGUCAGGAGAUGGUGAAGCUGAACAACGAGACAGACACGCCAUCAGUAUGCGCACCAAAGGGAUCAAAAUGCUCAGGAAUCAAUAAGACGGAAUUUGAUCAGGACUUAUGUCUGGAAAACAUAGGGAAGGAUCUGCAUCACUACUUCACAUUUCUAGCUGCUCAGUCGGACCCUGACAAAUUAAUCGACCCAACUCUGUCUAGUCUCAGAGAGCUCAUGCAGAACUUCUUCCCAAAGCAUCUGCCAUCAGACCUGGUCUCAGAGGAGGAUGCCUCAGAGAAUUCAAGCAGCUUCGAUAAAAAGCUGAACCUCUGCAAAGUGCUGAAGGGCUUCCGUCUCCGCAGCAUCACAAUCAACAGAGCCCUUUCAUACAUGAACUCUGGUGAACAGACUAAAUGAGAAAAAUGAACUCUAAUAGAUCAGGAGUUUCAAAAAAGCUAAACAAAACCACUCUAAACACAAAUAACAUAAACUACAGUCACAGUCAAAUGAUUCAAACAAUCUAGAAAACACUUCAGUCUACUUUAUGACUGUUUACAGUACACAUAUAUUAUUAUUAUUAUGAAGUAAUGUAACUUAUUUACAUCAAUAUGGUGUGUUAAAGUACUUU